GCAGAGGUGCUUGAGAUUCGUCGCAAAGAAGAGAAGAAGCAAUCAGUGGAAUCACUUGAGGACACCGACGAAGAUGUUUCCGAUUCUGAGGCAGAACCGGCGCCCCUUGAAAAUGUUGAGCCUGCCCCACUACCAUCUUCGGGGUCGCAACCAGUUGUUCCAACAGGAUCCAAGGGUGAUCAUUCCUGUGCCCCUCCAACAGCCACUGAACCCACUCCGGGUCCUGCACCAGCAGCCGAUCCACCGGCGAAGCCAUCUGUGGCGGGAGAACCUGCCACAGAACCGGGUGCUGAGGCGAAGGUGGACAAGGAAACACGUCGUGGGGAUCAUGUGGCCAAGGAUUUGGGUCCAGACUUUGACAAGGCAAUGAAGAUUCCAGGAGACACGUCAUCACCAUCAUCUUUACCAACCAUUGCUACCGACAAUGUGGAUACACAGCCCGUGGAUGUGAUGGAGCUUCCCGUUCCUGCUGCUACUCCAUCAAAACCUGUUUCCUCCGAUGAUGUGACCCGUAAGAGGCGAAAGUACCAGAACCUUGAAACUGUUUCAAAGUUGGGGACUACGUUGAUUUUGGGUGAGGGCAACAAGAACAGCCCUGAAUCUAGUGAGUCAACACACACCCCAUCAUCUACCAGUGCCCAGAAGAGUAUCACCACUACUUCUGGUGGAAGACCUGCUGAUGAAGUUACCCCAGAUGCCAAUGAUUCUGCAAUUCCCAAACCCAGACGUCGUCGGGUGAACAAAUCCAAAGAGCCACCACCAGUCCCAGAGGGUUGGUGGGACGACAAUUGCGAAGAUGACCCAGAGCCAGCAGAGUCCGAGCCUUGUGAAGUUGCCGAUGCCGAUGAUGAAGCAGCUAGCAAGGCCGAAGGAAAGACCAAGAACAUCCAGAAGCAUCAGAAGAAGGCCGCUCCGAAGGCCAAGGUGGACAAAGCUGCCAAACCCCGCAAAGGUGCUAGCAAACCCAAGAAAUCCAAGAAGGCCCCAUCUACGAUGAAGGAGCUUCAGUUGGAGAUCAAUGAGCUGGAUUCCGAUGAUGAAACGACUCCGGAAAUCCUUGCCCAACCCGCCUCUACUCCAGCGUCUGCACCUGAUGGAACUUCCACGGAGGUGGACACAGAGCUUCUUGAAGAUCAACCCUGCAAGACCGAUGGCUACAUGCCGUGUACGGAAGGUGCAGAUGUGCUGGUGGAUGAUCUUUCUGUUCAACUUGCGCUGGCACUGGGGCCCGAGAUCAAAACUGAGCAAAUGGAACCUGACAGCCCUGCCAACAAAAAGUCUGAUGAUGGUAAUGAUGAGAUGGCGCCCCCUGUUGAGAAUGAUGGUGACAAAGCAUCAAAUGGAAAGAAGAAGCGAGUUCUUACCCGACGAGAACUUCUCAUGAACGCUGCCAAGGCACGGAUCCGAAGGAUGGUGGCUCCAAAGUCCAAAAGAACUGACCUGUCGGUACCAGCAUGGGUUGGCACGGAGUGGAACAAAGGAACCAAGGAAAAGGAGCAAAUGGCCAUUACCCUCCAAGAGGUGAACUUCGACAAGUUGAAGUUUGUGGAUGAGAUGCAGCGCAUCAUCACAUCCCGGAAGAAGGUAAGCGUCAAGAAAGACCAGGGAUGGUAUAGUGAAUCUGAGAUGAAAACUGACCUCAAAUGGCCUGCGACCCGCAUCACUGCAGCAAAGACCUACUGCGGCGAUUCUACUCGUGCUGAAACACAUGUGAGGAAGAACAUGUAUGACGGCAUCACUGAGUACUGGGUGACGGUGCGUGAACGUGGGAGCUACGAGGAGGAGCACGAAAUGUCCGAGAUGCACAAGUCAACAAGCAAGGCUGCUGGUCCGGUGAACUUGGAAGAGGGAUGCUUUGAUAAAAUCAAAGCAGCCAUGCCCUGUCAGCAGCCCGCCAUUGCUGCUGACUCGAAUGGUCAGAAGAAACCAGCAGAGUCCGAGGCAGCCACCGCCGAUCAGAACCGGCAACAUGUGAAGCGCUUCAUGGAUUCACUCCUGUCACUGAAGAUCUUGCAAGAUCACAUCACGCAAGUGGAGAGCCAGUACGAUCUUCUCAACGAGGAGAUGGCCAAGGGCGAAAACGCUGGAUAUGGGAAGGAGUCCAUGUCUCAGACCAGUGGUCGUCUGUCCUCUCGUGCCACUGCUGCAGAGCAGAAGGUGAAGCACUGGCCUCAGGUUCCGAGGAAAUCGAAGCAGUUUUUCGACAAGAAGGAAGCUGGCAAAAACUCUGAUAGCAAGAAACCUGAUGCUUCCGAUGCUACCAAGCCCGCCCGCAGUGCCGGACGAGGAUUGAAGAGCUUCGUCCAAGAAAUAGGUGCCAUGUGCUGUGGCAAUCCGGACUGCAAAGGCCGUCGCGGAAGAGGUCUCCUGAAUGUUGUUGCCAAAGACUUGCGACAUCUUUUUGAACAUGGCAUUGUCAACCCGUUGGAUGGGCAAAGGUAUUUUUUCUGCAUCGUGAACGUGAUGGGCGAUUGGCCCUUUAUUCAACGUGCUGGGCAUUUGGCCCGAUCGUUUUACAAUGCAGCCAAGCAUGCUAGUGGUGUCGACAAACGACUGGAACUAUUGACAGAACGCUUCCAGAUUUGGCGUGACAGAAU